AUGGUCGCAAUUGAUCAAGCACUCGAUUUGUCUUGGCGUACAUUUGACCAAUUCCCCAAGCGGUCGGGCAAAGUCGUCGAGGCCAGUCACCGGUGUGUAUCUGACAGAGGAUGCUUCUCACGUCAGUCAAAGGUUUUGGCGGGUUGGUGUCGGCCUGGAAGUGACGAGGACGCGGUAUCGUCCAUGGCGAUAUUCACUCGAGACUUUCAUAUCGUGCUGCGCAUCAACACAAUGAGCCACGUAAUUCGAGAGCAGCGUCGUCCUCGAGAAAUACCCUUCAUGUUAACUUGCGAACACGAGCUCGGAGGUUCAACAUCGCGACUGUCUUUCAAUGCCGUGCUUCACCUAUAUGCCACCCUGUCUUACUUUGUCGAGCUAUCCCACUGUGAUUCAAGUUCCGCCUCUAAGAAGCUACUCUGGGCAAACACAGUGCUGGAAGCUGGACACUCGGAGGUCGAAGGUUUGCGGACUAUAUUCGACACUCACACCCAAUUGGAUACUGCCAAUUUUGAACGUGCUGGUCGGCAGUAA